UGAAAAGUCUACGCAGUUCUCGACAGUUUUCUGUUCUAAUUCCUCUCCUAGGGCUAACAGAUCGUUAAAACUCGGAAGAAACCCUAGUCCAUUUACAAAUUACAAAGCUGCUCUUUGUUUGCUUCUGCUCGUUAGCUCUCUCCUUUGUCGGUUUCUCGAAAAGGAACCGUCCUCAAUUCCAAUCUAAAACGUCUAAAGGUUGCAGAUAGUUUCUUGACUGAGCUGAUUGGGAUUCGUUAUCUUGAGUUUCUCAUUUCUUCAUUCAGAGCUCGGCCAUGGACGAUGUGAAGGACAAAUUCAAGGGCUUCAUGAAGAAGGUGAACAAUCAGUUCUCAUCGUCAUCUUCUGAUAAAUUCAAGGGACAGGGGAGAGUAUUGGGCUCGUCUUCGUCCGGACCGGCUAAUCCAAUCCUUACGCGUCCAUCCCAGAAUGGUGAUUUAAGGCAGAACUUACCUCCGUCGAACAUAAAACAGAGGCCGUCGAUACCCAAUACCAAUGGGAAUUCUGAUGGUAGACUAAAGAAUGAGCCAACUCCUCAGAGUAUCCCCAGUUCCGAUCGCAUACCGGCGAAUGGGUUCGAUCCCUUUGACUCUCUAAUCACUUCCGGGAAACGUUCUCAAAAUGGGUAUUCGCUAAAUGUUGUUGAGUGCCCAGUUUGUGGUCAACCGUAUAGGUCUGAAGAGGAGGUGUCCACACAUAUUGAGAGCUGCCUCAGUAGCUCAGUUGAGAAUGCUCAGGUUGUUGGGGAAUUACAGGAUGAUGGGACUCAGAUGGAGUCAAGAAAUGAGUUGGCGGGUCGGAUUGGUGCCUUUCUUUCUGGACGGCCAUCUGAAGGAUCUGUGGAGGUUGUUCUUAAGCUUUUUAGGAAUAUUGUUCAGGAACCUCAAAAUGCCAAGUUUCGAAGAAUUCGAAUGGGCAAUCCAAAGAUAAAGGAGGCUAUCGGUGAUGUGGUAGGAGGUGUUGAGUUGAUGGAGUAUGUUGGCUUUGCACUCCAAGCAGAAGGUGAAGAAAUGUGGGCAGUGAUGGAAGCUCCUUUGGAGCAGCAGAUCUUUUUGAUCAAAGAGGCAAUAUCAUUACUGGAAACACGGAAGACAGAAGAUUUGCCUUGUGCAAAUUCAACUGAGGGAGACAGUUCAGUUGACUCGAAGAAAGUUGAUAGACAGGUUCGAGUUUUCUUUUCUGUCCCUGAAAGCAUAGCAGCAAAAAUCAAUCUGCCAGACUCUUUCUAUAACCUUACAGCUGAAGAGUUGAGGAAAGAGGCCGAUCUGAGGAAGAAAAAAAUUGCAGAGUCUCAACUUCUGAUUCCCAAGUCAUAUAAGGAGAAGCAGGCAAAAGCUGCAAGGAAGAGGUACAAGAAAACUGUCAUUCGAAUCCAGUUUCCUGAUGAAGUGGUACUCCAAGGUAUCUUUCUUCCAUGGGAGCCAACUACUGCACUCUAUGAGUUUGCAAGUGCAGCACUAAAAGAACCCACAUUGGAAUUUGAGUUAUUGCAUCCAGUAGCGAUCAAGAGGCGGGUGAUCCCACGGUUUCCAGAAGCUGGAGGAAGAACACCAAUAUUGGAUGAUGAGGACUUGGUUCCAUCAGCUCUUAUUAAGUUCAAACCUAUAGAGACAGAUUCUGUUGUUUUUACCGGACUCUGUAAUGAACUCCUUGAAAUCAGUGAACCUCUAAGAGCUGAUACAGCAAUUACUCCAGCAUGAGCUCUAAGACAUUCAAAUCCAAUCUUGGGCAUAUACUACAACAAUUGGCAGCUUCCAUCGACUUUGGACUUAUCAGUCUCCUGUGCCAUAGCCACGCCAUGGUUGCCGCCACAAUAAAGAUCAGUUCAGUAUUUGUCUCCUGGUGAUUCAUAUCCUUAUUUUAAGACAAAUUAUAUUCUUAUUAAAUAUGUUCUUGAAGCCUGGAUGUAUCCCAGCUGGGAUGUAAAGAUGAUUUGUGAUCCAAUUUGGUUGAUGUGGUAAAGUCAAUUUGAAAAGAAAUAUUCUAAGUUCUUAUGCUUGAACAAUUUUGCAGUUUAUCACUUUAUCUGCAAGGAAAAACUGGUCUAAGUCCUUUGGCAAUUUGAAUGCUUGAUAUUAUUUUGUGAA